AACUCGAAUCCAUCUUUCCCCUCAUGCACUCCCCUCAAGAAGGUACAUCCGUAUAACGUGCCUCGUCCAGGGGGCUCUCACUCUCUCUCAGGUUAGUCAUUCUUUGCCUCGCGGUUUUCGCUUAGUGGAAUUAUAGGUGUAUCUUCAUUAGCCGAGCGUAACGCAGAUCGUGCAUAGUCCCUGUGCAACAGCGUGUGCGGACUUACCUUCCCUGCGAGCAUAAACGUUUAAGCGGACUUCCCUCUCCUGUGCCUCACCUAUGAGUGCUACCAAGGAUCCCCGUCCGCGCGACGGCACGAUCGUCUCCCCCCGUGUAGCUCCACGUUAAAGAGGCGCGUCGAAACAUGCUGAGCGUCGAAGGUCCUCCGCCGACGCCUCACGCAAUCACGCCCCGAAAUCUGCUUCUACUCGCAAAGCGGCGCGAGAAUGAUGGUGGCGCGCACGGGAAUUCCCCAGCCGCGCUGCUGCCGUCUGCCGCGACAUCAUCGCAUCACAAUGAUGCAACGGUGCUCGUUUCCGCAGAGGCAUCACCCGCGCAACGAAAACCACCUCGAGCACCACCACCACCACCACGAGCAGCAUCACGAGCACCACCGCAAUCACCGUGACUACCCCCGCGCGCAGCACCAGCUGCCAGUAGCAGUGUCUCGCAUUCGGCACGCGAGCUCGCUGCGGCUCUCUCGCACGGGCUCCGAGUCGUCGUUCCCCAGUCGUAGCCCAAGUCGGGCUGAUAUUACUGACUGCGGGGAAGUGGAGGGGCGAAUGGAGUGCGCAGACGAAAUGGGCUCAGCUACCACUCCUCGGCACCGGCUCGAACGGCUGAAACGCGAGCUGCUGCUGCAGCGACAGCAACCGCAGCAGCAGCAGCAGCAGCAGCAGCAGCAGCAGCAGAGGCAGCCGCAGCUGCUGCUCCUGCGACGCAACGCCGGAGCGUCACUCAAGCCGCUGACCAUAAGGGCAGUUGGCGCGCCACCUGGUACUACUAGUACUAGAAGCAACAACGUGUCGUCCACGUGUCAGUGGAGCAGCGGCUAUCUCUCCAAAGUUACCUCGUCUGCGUCGUCAUCGUCAUCGUCAUCGGCAUCGGCCGCGGAGCGAUGCUCACAGGACGAGGAGGAGGAGGAGGGGGCGGAGAGAGAGGAUCAUGGGGACGCAGCGUCGUCCCGUCCCACCAGCCGCGGCAGCACCAUCAGCAUUAGCAGCAUGAGCAGCGGCGGCGGGGACAGCAGCUGCGGCGGUGGCGGCAGCGCCAGUAGCGGCAGCAAAAUGCAGACUCCGUCGCACAGCACGGCAGCGACGCCGGCGCAGACGACCGCAGUGGUAUUAGCAGCAGCGGAGCGGCAAGGGGUCACGGACCAGGGCAGUGCGGCAUCAUUCACGCCUUCUGCUUCUAUCAGCGGUGCUAGCAUCGCUGCCGCCACCUCUGACACACGUUCACCCGUGGUUGCACGGGCAGCUGCUGGCGCGGCGGCCCAUCAGUCACGGCCGUCUGACGAGGCUGCCCCCGGCUUGUCUGCCCACCACCCCGCCUCCUCCCCCCACAGCCGCGAUAUUCUACUCCGCACCUCCCCCGCCACUUUGUUGCCGUCGUCUCCCCGUUCCCCGCGGCACUCCCCCCAUCGUCCUGCGCCCUCCGCCUCCGCGGCGGAGGGUGGCGGCCGCGGACCAUCAUCUGCGCCGGGGUACGCGCGGACGCACUCGCGCUUCUCCCCCCACGUCCUCUCCAGUCCCGCAGCUGCGGCGGCAAUUGCGGUGGACUCCCCGCGUCGGGUAGAUAGCCCGUGGUCGGCGGGGCCGGCGGCGGCGGGGGAGCCGCUGGCAACAGGCACGCAGGCGGGUUGGGCGCGGAACUGUGGCGAGGAAGCAGCGGGGGGAGCGGCGUCGGAGAGAAGCAGCGGGACGCGAAGAACGGCGGCGGGCAGCGCUGCUGCGACUCCUGCUAGGGAAAAUGGGGGCACUAUGUGCGCUUCGUCCUCUAGUACUACUACUACUACUACUAUUAGUCCUAGUAGUACUGCCACUAGUAGUAGUGCCAGUGGCAGUGCUAGUAGAACUGGAAGUGGACCUUGUCUUGUGCGGCAAUCGGCUCAAGCUGCGCGUAGUGGCAGCAGCACUGGCGACGGCGACGGUGGCGGCGGCAGGCUGACUCGAGUGCACAGCCUCGGGACCGGCGCGAUCGCACGCGACGCCUCGUCUUUCGCCACGAGUAGUAGUGCCACAACUGACAUCUCGACUCGUAGUACUCCUAGCGGCGGUCGGGUGGCGGCUUUGCCGCGGGCUAUGUCCAUGGGGCCGACGAGAGUGGCGGCUCCCGUUGGGCUGCCUGAGGUUACGACCGCAACUGCGGCGGCCACUGCUGCUACCGAUGCUGCGACUGGUGCUGCUAUUGCUAGUAGUGCUGCCACUCGUAUUAGUGCGACGGGCUUUGCCAGCAGUGGUGGUGGUGGGGGUGGGGGUGGGGGCAGUGGUGGUGAGACUGGUGAGGUGGGCGGAGUGGUGCAGUGCGCGGAACUUCCACAACGUAGUAGCAGCAGCGGCAGCACUAUCUCUGCUGUACCCGGUACAAGUUGCUCCGUUCCUGGGCCAGGCCGACAUUCGUCCAAUUUCCUGCAACACCCAGCGGUAACAUAUCAUACGGGUCUGGGCAACACCUCCCUUCUUCUCACGACCAAAAAUGUUCAAUCUCCGCGCACUAGGUUCGCUCCCCACGUCCCCCGCAGCUCGCCCUUUCCGCAUCCGCACCCACACGCGCAUGCGCACGGGCACGCGCAAGCGCAAGGGUAUGCGCAUCCGCACCCCUCCGCGCAUGCGCAACCAGGGUAUCCUUACCCUGGCCGCCAUCCCGCGCGCCCGCCCUCCCGCAUCCCCCGUUCCGCCCCGCUCCCCGUUCCCGCCAACCACUCCCGCGGCCUCCAUCCCUCCGCCGGUUCCCCUCCGCCUCCUCCGGGGGUUUUGGCGAGAUGCGGGGAAGGCCAUGCGCCAAGGAGACCCGCGGGAGCUGGAGGGGCAGCAACAGCAGCAGCAGCGGCGGCGGCGGCGGCGGCGGCGGCGAGAGUGUCCGCGGAAGGCUGGCGGAGGCUUCCGCUGCGGGGAAUCGAGCGCACGGCGAGCAGCGACGCUGCAUGGAGCCCGCGCGCGCGAUUCAAGGGGGAAGACGCGCUGAGUGCGCGGAUGGAAGCAGGGAUCAGCAGGUCGAUUGGCGGGGGGAUUGGCGGAGGAAUUUCGAAGAGCAGCAGCGGGAACUGGGGCGACGCGAAUGGCAUGGGCGGAGGGGGCAGCGGGAGAGUGGGGAGCAUGAGCGCGACCAACAGCCCGCGGAGCAGGAACCUGAUUAGGACCUUGGGGAUGCCGCGCAGUGACAGCAUGGGAGCUGCUACGGGCGGCGUGGGCGGUUCUAUGGGCGGCUUGGGCGGCGCGAUUGGCGGGGGUGCGGACGGCAUGAGUGGUGGCGGGCGGUGGAUAGCGACUGGCAGCUGCCCUGUCACGCCGCAGUUCGGGCUGCGAGCCUUGGACAGUCCACGUGGCAAGCCGCCAUUGGGCCAGAGGCUUGCAGUUGGCUCGUCGGCGUCGACGGGGGGGAGCGGGGGGAGCAGUGAGGGGAGCAGUGGGGAAGGGGGUUAUAAGGGGGAGAGUCGGCUGGAGAGAGGGGGAGAGGGGUUGAGGCAGGGGCAGGAUGGGGUGGUGGAGAGGGAGGAGGGGGAGGAAGAAGAGGAAGGGGGAGAGAGGAGAGAGAAGCGUGGAGGGGGUAUGUUGCAGUGGAAGCAAGGAGUGGGCGUUGGCGGUGGUAGGAAGACCACGGGGCAGAAUGUGAGGGCUGAUGGCGCUGGUGGGAGGAGGGGAGGGGAUGAGGAGGAGGAGGAGGAGGAAAAUGAGGGCAGCACGCAGGCACAGGACGAGGAGGAGGAGGAGGUUAGGGCGGCGAUUUAUGGCGCUGGCAGAGGAAGCAGAAGCAGCAGAAGCAGUGGCAAACCUGCUGCAAGCAGCAGCAGCAUCCCCCUCGACGCUGCAGAUACCACCGCUGCCAGCACCAGCACCCGCAGCAGCAGCAGCAACAGCAGCACUGUCCCAGUCACUUCCUCCCCUCCCAGCAGCACCAUAGCAGUGCGAGGGCGGUCCAAGUCGCUGGCAAUGAGCUCCGUGGCCGCGGCGGCGCGGUGGCGAGCACGAGCCAUCGCCAGCGUGGUGGGGCACUCGGGGCGACUUGUGGAGAAGCCUGGUGGUGGGAAUACUGGCGCUGAUGGGGGCGGGGGUGGUGGAGGCAGAGUAAGGGGAAGUGCGGGGCGAGAGGUUGCGAGAGGGGGAGGGGACGGCGGUGGGGGGACAGUGUUGGGAGUGGAAGCAGGUGGACAGGGAGGACGAGAUGGAGGAGGGGGAGGGGGAGGAGGGGGAGAGGAGGUGAGUGAGAUGAGGGAGAAGGCGUUGUAUGUCGGCAGCAGCAGCAGCGGCACUAGCAGGGGCGGCACCGGCGGAGGCACCGGAGGCACCGGCGGUGGUGGCGACGGGAGGAGGCGGGGCGUGUGGAUGGAGAGAUGGAAGGCGGCCGGUCAGGUGGAGCUGGUGGACAGCCCCAGACAGACCCGGCUCAGCGCGUGGACAGCGGGAGGUGAGAGAGAAGGUGAGAGAGGAGGUGAGAGAGGAGGUGAGAGAGGAGGUGAGGGAGGAGGUGAGAGAGGAGGUGAGAGAGGAGGUGAGAGAGGAGGUGAGAGAGGAGGUGAGAGAGGAGGUGAGAGAGGAGGUGAGAGAGGAGGUGAGAGAGGAGGUGAGAGAGGAGGUGAGAGAGGAGGUGAGAGAGGAGGUGAGAGAGGAGGUGAGGGAGGAGGUGAGAGGGGAGGUGAGAGAGGAGGUGGGAGAGGAGGGGGGGCAGGAGAAGCAGGGGGGUCAGGAGGGAGAGUUGCAGCGUGUGCUGUUGGUGGGGGGGGGAUGGUGGACGGAGGGGGGCAGCUGGUGGGUGGGGUGGGGAGUUUGAUGUGGGAUAGCAAGGGGAGAGGAGAGGGGAUGGGAGAGAAUGGGGUGGAUGGUGCUGGUGACGGUGGCUGGGGGGCAGGCAGGUGUGUGGCAGCAGGUCCAGAUGAUGGCGCAGCAGGGAGGGGACAGUUGAUGGAAGGAGGUGCGGGUGGUGUGAGCCACGACGCGACAAGCUGUGCUGGAGAGGUUGUUCCCUCCAGCAGCAAUACGGCUGCUGCUGCUGCUGCUGUUGCUGGCGCUGCUGUCAUCACAUGCGGUGAGGACACGGGAGUCAGACGCCAAAUGCCAAGGGACACGACAAGGGACAUGACAAGAGGGAUGACAAGUGUUGCACAUGUGCCUGUGGCGAGUGGGACUGCGGCGGCAGAUUUGGCCGGCAUAACAGAGGAGCCACCAUUGUGCAGUGGGCAGGUGAAUGAACCAGACGAAGACCAAACUGCCGUGAUGUGUAUGAUGGAAGAUGAUGACGCACUGACAGUAGUAGGGGCAGAGGCUAACCACACGGCACGGGACGCAAUGGGAGACGCAGGGAGCAAGCGCGUGACGACGUGCCCGACAGGUUGGGGGAUGGGCGGACGCAUACGCUCCCACCCCUCCCUCCUGGUGCCACUGUCGCCGUCAUUGUCUCUUGCAUCACUGUCGACUUCAUUGCCCUCGUCAGCAACAACAGCAGUAAUGUCAGCAUCAUCAACGUCGUCAUCAUCAGCAUCAUCCGCAUCAUUGGCAUCCGCUUCAGCUUCCUCCCACCACCCGCACCGCAUGCUGCGCAAGGCUCACUCACUGAUGAGGCCGAGGCUGAAGUCCCCCGCCAUUGCGCCCACCAGCAACGAGGUGACUUUUGAGUCGACUCAAAACUCAUUGAUGAGGCCGAGGCUGCAGUCCCCCACCAUUGCACCCACCAGCAACGCACCUCCAACACCCCCUAGGAGUGAGUCCCUGCUGCUGCUGCUCUCCCUGUCCUCUGUGGCUCCCCUGCCACACGUGAACUCCCAAGAACCACAAUCAGAUACGCUGCUGGAAAUACAUGAGCUGAAGCCGCAGCCAGAAGCAACGCACCGCCCUGAUGUUGCACCAGAGAGGAACGCUGCUGCUGCCGCUGCUGCCGCUGCCGCUGCGGCUGCUGCUGCUGCUGCUGCUGCUGCUGCUGCUGCUGCUGCUGCUGCUGCUGUCAAGUCAACCAAACAGCCGGCUGAGAGUUUGAAGGAAAGAGAGCAUAGGAGCGGAAUGGGGGAAAGUUUGGGGCUGGGAGAUGGGGGGGAGGGGAUAGGGGAGCGAGGGGGAGAGCUUGGGGGAAGGGGGAAGGAUGAGGAGGGUUUUAUGAAGAAGGGGAGGAGGGGCCUUGGAGGGGGACGGAAGGGGAGGAGUGUGAUGGAGAAAAUUGGCAGGUUGGGAGGGGUGGGAAGGGUGAGCUGGGGACGAGCGGGCGAAGGGGUAGGAAAGGGCGGGAAGAAGACAAAAGAGGCGAGUGGGAGGGAGCAGGAAGGGGCUGGUAGGGUGCCGGUUGUGGUGCCGGUUGUGGUGCCGGUUGUGGUGCUGGUUGCAGUGCCAGGUAGUGGUGAGAGGGGUCUUUCCCAAGGUAGGGUUAUGGCGGAGGAAGGAGAAGAGCACGGGAUGGUGGAUGGGGUUGUGCGAGAGGCAGUGGAAGUGCAGAGGGGUGGGUGGAGGAUGAAAGGGAGGGGAGAGAAGAAGAGUGGGAGAGGGGGGAAAGACGAGGAUAGGAGGGAGGCUCUGACUGGGGAGGGUGGGAGCUUGAGGAGGGUUACGGAUGGGGGUAGAGAGGGGAAGGCAGGGGUGAGUGAGGUAGAGGGGGGAAGCAGACAAGAUGAGGGAGAGGUGCGAUUGAGAGGAGGUGGGGGAGAAGAGGGAGGAGGAGAAGAGGGAGGAAGAGAAGAGGGAGGAGGAGAAAGGGGAGGAGAAAGGGGAGAGGAGAUGGUUAGCAAAAGGCAGUCAGAGGGCGGGGAAGGGGAGGAGAAGGGGAAGAAGAGGAAGGUGCGGCAGCCCCAGCAGCAGCAGCAGCAGCAGCAGCAAAAGCUGAGCUGGUAUGCGCACGGGCAUGUGAAGGGUAAGGCAGAGGCACACGAAGCAACCAAAGACGAUGCAGAGGACACUGAGGGCAGCAAAAGGGCAGGGCAAGGGCAAGGAGCGGAGAAGACGGGUGAAGUAGAGAGGAGGGGCGAUUUGGAGAGUGGAAGGCCAGGGCACGAUGACAGUGGUACCGCAACGCCGAGCAGCAGUGCGGUGAAGGAAGGGGAAGGCUUCAGUGCGCUUGCCUUGUACAAAGGCGGGGCUGGCAUGACACUGAGGGGGAUAGACGGGGAGGAGGAGAGGGAGGGGGAGAGGGAGGGGGAGAGGGAGGGGGAGAGGGAGGGGGAGAGGGAGGGGGAGAGCAGGAGGUCGAGGGAUGUGGAGAUGGAGGAGGAGGGGGAGGCGGGGACGGUUGUGGUGAAUGCGAGUAGAGGAAUGGGAGAGGAGGCAACAGCAACAGUCGUUAUUGCAACAGAAUCCCCAACAACAGCAGCAGCAGGGCCAUCAUUGGCAGCAGUUGAGCACUCGCAGAGCACCAGCAACAGCAGCAGCAGCGGCGGCAGCGGCCCCAGCGCAUGUGUGUUGCUGCGGGUGCACAGCGACCUGACGGAGUGGUACCUGGUGGGGCAGCGGGAGGUGGGGCGCGGGCAGUUCGGGGUGAUCCGCCCGUGCGUGGAGCGCAGCACGGGGCUCGUGCUCGCAUGCAAGACCAUCCACAAGCGCGGCGUCGUGCAGUCGGAGCGGGAUGCACGUGCGAUCCGCAGUGAGGUGCGCACCAUGGCGAGGGUGCGCGGCCACCCCGCCAUCGUGCACCUGCGAGGGGCGUUUGAAGACGCCAAGAGCGUGCAUCUGGUGAUGGAUCUGUGUGACGGCGGCGAUCUGUUUGACCUGAUCAAGGCGGUGGGGCCGCUGCACGAGCGCACAGCAGCUCGCAUCUUCCGCCACCUGCUGCUGGCGCUGCAGCACUGCCACGCGCUGAGGGUCGUCCACCGGGACGUCAAGCCCGAGAAUAUCCUCCUCGCCUCGCAGCCUGCUGCUGCUGCUGCUGCUGUUGCUAGAGACACUGCCGCCGCCGCCGCUGCUGGUGAUGCUAGUUGUGCUGCUGGCUCUGCUGGUGCUGCUGCUGGGACUGGCGGCGUAUCGGCAGCUGCGGGCGAGCCGUUGGGAGUACCCACGACAGCAGCAGCGGCUGCAGCAGCAGCAGCAGCGGCGGAUGCUCUGCUGUGCCCGGGCGCUCUGAAGCUCACAGACUUUGGCGUUGCCACAUUCCUUCCCUCCCAGGGCGAGCCCCUGCAGGUGCAGGAGCUGGUGGGCACGCCUGAGUACAUGGCGCCCGAGUCCUGGCAGGGCGAGUACAGCCCGGCCUCCGACAUGUGGGCGGCAGGCGUGGUGCUGCACGUGCUGCUGGCGGGGGUGCCGCCCUUCUGGGCGGCGGAGCAGGCGUCACUGGUGGAGGCAGUGCGGGGGAAAGAGGUGGCGUUCAAGGGGAGGAGGUGGAGGGGCGUGUCCGGGGGCGCGAAAGAUGUGGUGAAGCGGCUGCUGAGGAAGAGCCCGGGGGAGAGGCCGAGUGCCAGUGAUGUGCUGAGUCAUCCGUGGCUUCUCUUCUAGCCACUCUAGCCCUCCCUCACAAGUCAUGUCAUGGCGACCGCACCGCACCCCACCGCACCUCACCUCACCGCAAACAGGCCACCUUGCACCAUCGUUCCCUUCACCUCACGCGCUCCCUUGCCCCUUGUUCCCCUCCAUCGGCCUCUCGUUCCCCUACCUCACCACCAUUUGCCAUGGGUCCUAUCCCAUCCUGCCACACUACAGUACCACCACCCCACUACAACCCAGCGCCUGGCCAUUCCCUGUCGAAGCAUGCUGCACUGCAUUCACUUGGGUUGGGAAUUUUCAGUUCCUUCACCACGCACGACCACCCAUCCGCUGGCUGCAUAUGAGUCUGCUUCUGAUUCGACUCGAAACCCGGCAGUUCCUUGUGGAAGGAUGCUGCACUGCAUUCACCUGGGAAGUCUCAGUUCCUUUACCACCACGACCAUCCGUCCGCUGGCUGCAUAUCGGCCGUAAUAUACCCUAGUUCCCUGGUAGACUGUGCCUGCACUUCUGAUGGCGCACUCCAUCUUAUGACAUGUUGGCUGGUACUGAGUACUGGCUGACAGAUGGUACGGUACAUUACGUAAAAUAAGUACAUACGAUACGAGCAUUUUUAAUGGACUAGCCGAAAUGCUCUCUAUGCGCCGAUGAAACACAAGGCUAAAGGUAGGUGAGGCUUCGGUAACCUCUGCUACCACAUUCAAA